AUGGGCUCUGAUUCAGAUACAGCUGUCAUGAAGGAUGCUGCAAUGGUCUUGGAGUCCUUUAACGUGCCUUAUGAGAUAUCAAUUGUUUCAGCUCAUCGAACCUCUGAAAGAAUGUUUUCUUAUGCAUUGCAUGCUCAGGAGCGAGGUAUUCGGGUCAUCAUUGCAGGUGCUGGUGGUGCUGCCCACUUACCAGGUAUGGUGGCCUCGCUGACAUCCUUGCCUGUUAUUGGGGUUCCAGUGAAAACUUCUUCUUUGGAUGGACAAGACUCACUUUUGUCGAUUCUACAGAUGCCGAAAGGAGUUCCAGUUGCCACCGUAGCCAUCCAACAUGAUACAAAUGCAGCAUGUCUAUUCCUUGAUAUCCUAAUGGUCUUGUAUCUAUCUUCUGUAUUCAGAAUGACCAGUUAUCUGGAUGAAAUGAGAGAAAUGGUGUCGUCAAGGGCUGAAAAACUAGAGAAAGAAGGGUAG